CAUUGUAGGCGAAUUAAGAAAUGGAGAUCGGGAGCUGAACCAAAAGAAAUUUUGUUGCAAAUGAAAUGGGAAGCUUAAAUUCAUAUAAAACUCAAUAAAAUUAUGAAUAGCCAGCUAAUUUAAAAAAAAUAUAAUGAAAAGGUAAUGUAAAACUCCAAACGCUACUCAAGCAAAAAGUCGUUAUAGCCAAUUUUCAUUCAUAAUUGAAGAAUUUUUAACACUUAAUGCCUGACUGAGAUCCAAAACUGUGUUCAUUCCCUGACUUUAUGGUAAGUUCAAUUGCAUAAGCCCUUUUGGAGACGACUUGAAGUGGUCUCAAAGAUCUGGUCGUCAUGCCGGCGCCCGUCACAGUCAUUGUCUUCGUCUUUGUAUAAAAUGCCUAAGCCAGCCAUAAGCUCGGCUCAGUUUGCAGAGACAGCUACGUGCGGCUCUUUGUCACCAGUGCGUGGAUUCAAAUACGAUUGUACAAUUGUGACUGCAGAUCGGUGGCUUACCAUAUACUUUGUAUCUUUUUAAAACAAUAAGAGAAGAAUGAAUUUUCAAUCAAUUGGCGAGUUCUAUCAGCGUUUGCUAGUGCUGUUGCCAUUUGCUGCGAACUUGUUGCCCGAAGAGCGAGCGCGUCGCUUCAGCUAUGAUGACCCCAAGCUCUGGCCGUACUUCUAUCCGCAGUGCGGAGGCUCCACUCAGUCGCCCAUUGCGCUAAGUGCACUCAAGGCUAUACCAAUUGGCCUAGCGCCUUUGCAAUUCGGACUCUAUGAGGAACCCUUCGACGAGCUACUGAAUAUGCGCAACAAUGGACAUACAGUUGAGUUCAGUGUGCCUACCACGGUGUUCGGUGAGCGUCCCUAUCUAACUGGCGGACUGUUAAGAGAUUUCUAUGAGGCCAUGGCCGUUCAUUUUCAUUGGGGCUCAGCGCUGCGCAAGGGAUCCGAGCAUGCAAUAAACGGACGACGCUAUGAUUUGGAAAUGCAUAUAGUGCAUAGGAAUACAAAGUACGCCAGCGAUGAAGAGGCGCGUAAUCAAACAGAUGGAUUCGCUGUGCUCGCCGUGCUUUUCAAGGUGGUGCGGCACAAUUAUUAUUAUCAGCCAGGAUUACACGAGAUCUUCAGCUCGCUGCUGCAUUUAGGCGACUUCAAUCGCACCUAUACGCCGCCAGCGUUUCUCACGCUGGGCUCACUGCUUGGCAACUUGAAUAGGGACAACUUUUAUGCCUACAAGGGCUCGCUAACCACGCCUCCUUGCUCGCCGGUCGUGUCGUGGCAUGUGUUCUCGGAAGUGCUGCCCAUUUCGGAUUUGGAUCUGCCCAAGUUCUGGCAGCUGCGUGAUCGACGCGGACGUCCGUUGUUGAACAAUUUUCGACCGCUGCAGUCCUCAGAGGCGCGGCAGGUGUUCUUGAGCCAGCGACCUAUAGCGGAUUAUGUAUGGACAUAAGAAGUAUUUAGUUUAAUUCCACACUAGUUUAUUACCGCAGAAUUAGCAAUAUAGUUAAUAUACAGGCAU